ACCUCAUGUACAGAAAAAAUUUCUUUUUCCGUUUCUUUACGAACAAUCAUCACGUUAGUGAAACCACGUGAAAACAAUAAUGGAUAAACCAGUCGUUUUGGCGCGUGUAAUCAAGAUUCUGGGACGAACAGGAUCCCAAGGACAAUGUACACAAGUUAAAGUUGAGUUCCUUGAUGAGCAACAUCGACAAAUUAUCAGAAAUGUGAAAGGACCGGUUCGAGAAGGUGAUCUUCUAACCUUACUGGAAUCUGAAAGAGAAGCCAGACGACUACGAUAACAACAAUAUCUAAUAAGGAAUUCAAUAAUAAAAACCUGGUUACCAUUUUUAUCAUACUAAUUAAAUAAAUGAUCAAUCUACAUCUAAAUUAUCAUGAUGGACUGUGGAAAACAUCGCAUCUCCAGCUUCCUGACAAUAGGCAUCAAACAACAAGUGACAACCGAAUAUGACUUUAUCUAUCCAUCUGAAGACCUAUUGUUAUCAUCAAAAAUUUGUAUAAAAGAAGAUUGUAUGUGAAUAAAUUUAAGUUGGUAGCCACAUAAAAA